UUUUCCAGCAGGAAAAUGAUUAUUCUUUUGAAGUAUGACCGCUCUUUUCAAAGUUUUCGGCAUUUUUGGAUGGCAAACGUGCGGUCAUACUUUGUUUCCCGGGUCUUUUAAAACAUAAGGCACGUUCGACAUUUGAUUGGUUUUGAUAAAUUUUUGUCCCAAAGCAAUAGGCAUGUUAGUCUAGUGGUGACACCUCCAUUGGAAAGCUCCCAGACGCCUUAAUAUGGCAGCAAUUUGGAAUACCUGCACAAGGAAGUAUAGAACGUAUCUUAAGUUUUAAAUGAGCCGGGUAAAUUAAGUAUGACCGUAACAUAUGCACUCUUCUAAUGCCGGAAAAUUUGGGAAAAAGCGGUCACACUUCAAAGAAUAUUUUCCCGCUGCGAAACUCUUUUACACACUCCAAUGAAGAAAUGGAAAAUUCGCCGCGUAUUGUUUAUGUGUGUAGCCUGUGCCUACGACAAUAUGAUCUCCAGGAGGACCUCCGCGGACACAUGGUGUUCUUCCACGGCUGCCAGCCACUGCAAUCAGUGCCCGGCACAAAGUGCAAAUUGGCAAAACAACAUUUAGCCGGCAGGAAUGCGCAGAAUAAACAAAUCCCUGAUCUACAGCUGGAGGAUGCAGACCAAGCACCGAGUGAGCUGCAGCCCAUGCCCUUUAAGGACUUUCGGCUGGUCCUGCGGGCCAACAUGCAAGUGCCGUGCUCCUUCAGCAAAGACUGUCCUUUUAAGUUCCAGGACGUUGGGAAAAUGGAAAUGCACUCUAUAUGCCACAAGGACAGCACCUUCACCUGCUGCGAAUGCGGCUUGGAGCUGUCCCAUUGGCGCCGCUGUUCUGCUCACCUGUGGAAAGCCCACCAGUUAGAUGUGGACUUCCUGCAGUGUCCCGCUCUUGGCUGCAAAUACAAAUCUCCCGUAUCCGCUCUGGUAUGGCGCCACAUGCGGGUCCAUAAAAAGUGGCGACCCAGGGUGCUUCGAUCCCUAGCCGCCGUUCAGCGGAUGAAAAAGCUCAAGGAACAGUCCGCUGACAUGGCCGCACAACCCGCACCGCCAGCGCCUUCAGCGUCCAAGAAAAACAAAUACUAUGCGGAGAAGACCUGUGAGAUUUGCAGUCGAAAGUUUGUCAAUGGAAAGACGCUUUCCAAGCAUGUAAAGACGGUGCACAACAAGAUUAAACCCUUUAUAUGCAAUGUGUGUGGCAAGAAGACGGCGCGCAAGGCGAGCUUAAUAAUCCAUAUGCGGCAGCACACCGGAGAGAAGCCGCUGCAGUGCGGCGAGUGCAAGUUCUCCACCCGCGAUCCAAGUGUCCUCCACAAGCAUCGGCAACGGCACACCAGCCAGGCUAGCCAGAGCAGCGGCACCCUCAAGUGCAGUCAGUGCGACUACAACUGCAUCCAGGCCAAUGCCUUAAAGCGUCACAUGCGACUCAACCAUGCGGAGGCCUACCGCGAUCUGUGCUGUGACUUGUGCAGCUACACCUCCAUAAAUGCCGAACGUUUGCUGGCCCACAAGCAGGAUCAUCGGCAGGGACUAAUCACCAACUGUGAGGAUUCCAUGGAUGCCACACGAGCUGCCGGGUUCAAAUAUCCCCGCAAGUUGGCCGACAAGAAUGGAGAGAUAUCCGCGGAUUGCUUUAUGCCGCUUGAGAGCAUUGACUCGUUGCCCCAUGAGCCUACCGUGGACACGGGCGGAGUGACAAUACCAGCUCCACCCUCUGAAGACACUCAGUUUCCCACGUAUUUAAAAGAUUAGUACGAUUCUCCUAAUUCUAUUCCAUAGAUCCCUAUUUAAUAUAUAAUAUACCUUGAGAAAAGCAAUGUAAUUUUGGUCAGAUGUUUAUAUCCUUUGGAAUUAAAAGCAGUUUUUGU